AUGGGAACAUCUCUGGAACUCGAUAAGCCAAAGGAACAGCACCCGUCCUGCCUGGCAGGCUUGAUCCAACACUCGUCGAAGCGCGACAUCCUCCUCCUUUUAAUCGGAUGCCUGGCGAGUAUUGUUUCCGGCGUUAUGAUGCCUCUCACAACCAUCCUCAUCGGCUCCUCCAUCAAAAUCUACGCCAGCGCCGAUGAGACAACGAAUGCCUCCGACCUCACUAGACACGUCAACAAACGGGUCGUUCUACUCUGCGCAAUCGCCGCCGGGGCAGUUGUGGCCGCGUACAUCCAGACAGUCUGCUGGAUGCUCGCAUCACAGAGCAUCAGCUCGCGGAUACGCAGGGCCUACUUCCGCUCUCUCCUGCACCAGGACGUGCAAAGUCUGGACGAUAUGGGCGUCGGGAAGCUAACGGACACCAUGUCGUCGAGCUUCACCACGCUGCAGGACACGCUUUCCCAGAAGACGGGCGUGUUCAUCUCGUCGGUCUCGACCUUCGUCUCCGCGUUCAUCGUUGCGCUCGUUCGCAGCUGGAAACUCGCGCUCAUCCUGAGCACCGUUCUCCCGGCCAUGUUUGUGGUGACGAUGGUCAUCUCGACACAGGUCGCGAAGAACGCCCAGAGUGCGACCGCGUGUAUUCUCCAUGCGCAUGAUGUUGUUGCUGAGUCCGUUAGCUCGGUCAAGGUUGUGCGAACGCUCCAAGCGCAGGAUACUCUAGCGGAGAAAUACGAAAGCUCGCUGCAUCGGGCAGACCGCGCUCUACUCAAGAAGUCUAUCUGGCAAGCCGCUAUCUGGACCUGGGUCUUCUUCGUCCGCUUCGGGGUCUACGCUCUAGCUCUCUGGGAAGGGGCAAGGCUGUUCAUCUCGGAUAAUCUGGACAUGGGUGUAUUGAUCAAUGUUCUGUACGCUGUGAUUAUUGGGACGAUUGCGCUUAGCCGAGUUUCGCGCUCAUUGCAUGAAUUUGGCGUUGCGAUUGGUCUUGCGAAUGAGCUGUUUGAGAUGAUUUCCAGAGAUAAGAAGGGUGUGAUGUCGAUGGUACAAGAGAAGAAGCACCGGUCGCGCAUUCACGGCCACGUUUCCUUUUGCGGUGUGCACUUUGCGUAUUCCAGUCGCCCUGCUGUCCCUGUGUUGGAUGGGUUGGACUUGACAAUUGAGUCUGGCCAGACGACAGCGCUGAUAGGACAUUCGGGUGCGGGCAAGUCGACGAUUGCAGGGCUGAUCCAGCAGUUCUAUGAGCCUACAGCUGGGGAUAUCCUCAUCGAUGGUCUGCCAAUCAGCUCAUUCGAUCCCUCAGACUUGAGGUCUCAGAUAUCAUUCCUCUCCCAGGAACCCGUGUUCUUCUCGAUGAGUGUCCUGGAAAACGUCCGGCUGGGGCUACUCGGCACGCCAUUUGAAAGCGGGACCGUAACAGAUCAAGACAAACUUAUCGAAGAAGCCUGCGAGCUUGCGGGAAUUGCCAAGGUAAUCGAGAGCCUGCCACAAGGCUACAACACGCUUCUCGGGCCGGACGGUGUUCUUCUGAGUGGAGGCGAAAAGCAGCGCCUGGCAUUUGCGCGAGCGAUCGUUCGCGAUCCUCGAAUUCUCAUACUGGAUGAGCCUACUUCCGCUCUGGAUAAAGCCGCGGAGACGCAUAUCCAGACUGUGCUGGAAAGAGUCUCGGCCGGCCGCACGGUUAUCGUUAUUGCGCAUCGACUGCAUACCAUCAAACACGCGGAUUCUAUAGUGGUUCUAAGCCAAGGAAAGGUUGCUGAACAGGGGACACAUAAGGAACUCCUGCAGUCCGGACAGCUUUACCGGUCGCUUUUUGCUUUGCAUCAACAAGGAACGGGGGAGGAUAGGGCACUGAGCCCUAACUCAGCGGACUUGGGCACACUCCGUCCUACCACUCCAGAUGUCCAGGAGAAACCGGCACUCGGCAUUGAGAACGAUUCAAUUGAAUGCAUUUCAAUGACUGCGCCGGGACCAGAGCGAGCGUCAAUCUUCGUUCUCCUCCUCCGAAUCCUCCGAUUUAAUCAGCCGGAAUGGCUUCUCCUCCUCGUGGGCAACGUUGGGUCUGUAAUCAGUGGCAGCCUAUAUCCCUUUCAAGCCCUUCUCUUCGCUAAAGCAAUCGUCCUCGAACAGGAGGCUACAUCCCAGGGUGACUUCCAGAGAUCAGCAACCCGCUACGCGGUCUUCUUCUUUCUCAUCGCCCUGGUCAGCGGCAUAUCACACGGCGCUUCGACCUUUGCAUUCAGUGUAUCCUUCGACAGAAUGCUCAACAGAGUCCGCUCACUUUCUUUCCAAGGCAUUUUGGGCAAGGGAGUUACAUGGUUCGCAACAGACCGCAACUCAUCCAGCUCGCUCGUCUUCCUUCUUCUUCACCAAUACCGCGAUCUGGCCGGUCUGCACGGCGUAUCUGUCUCCAUCCUCGUCGAGAUCAUCACAAACAUGACCGCUGUGACAAUAUUCUCUGUGGUGAUCUCUUGGAAAUACGCACUGGUCGUCAUCUCCGUGAUCCCCCUGAUAUUCGUCUCAUAUUACUUCCGCAUCCACACAAUGCGCACUUUUCUCCGAUCGAUUACAGAGUGGCACAGAACAUCCACACAGAUCGCGUGUGAGGCGAUUACGUCUAUCCUCACCGUGACUUCGCUCGGAGCCCAAGGACACUUCCUCAAUAUGUACGACAGUCAGCUCACAAAAGCAUCAGAGUCAGCCUCUCUCUCGACCUGGCGGUACUCUGUCUUCUUUGCCGCGACGCAAGGCCUCAUCUACGCAGUCAACGCCUUCGCCAUAUGGUACGGCGCGCGCUGCAUGGAAGACAACUCCAUCACUCUGUACCAGUUCUUUGCCGUUUUCAUAGCCCUAACCUUUGGCGCCCAGGACUCGGGCGAGGCCUUAAGUCUCCUGCCAGACUUGUCCCUGGCCAUCGUAGCAGCCGAACGCGUCAAAGAAUUAUCUCCGUAUCAAGAAGCAAAGGGCAGUCCAUCCGCAACCUCUCCUGCGUCAGUCCUGACAACCCCAUCAUUAACUGGACAUGACUCCAUCGAGAUGGAGCCCAAAGACGACGCCAUAACCUUCGACGACGUCACCUUCCGCCACCCAAAUGCCACAGCCCCCAGCAUCCAGAACCUCUCUGUCACCCUUAUAACAGGCCAGACCAUCGCCAUCGUCGGGCCCUCGGGGUCCGGAAAAAGCACGAUCCUUAACCUUCUAGCGGGUCUGUACACGCCUACCUCUGGUACAAUCACAUUCAGGGAUCAGGACAUAAUCACGCAGCACUCAUCCAUCUCGCUCGUUCCACAAGACUCGGUCCUCUUCACAGGGACAAUCAAGUUCAACAUCACACUCAGGAACCCAUCAGCAAGCGACGCGCAGAUCGAAGCCGCCUGCGCGCAGGCCGGGAUAUUAAACUUCAUCCUUUCUCUACCGGCAGGUUUUGAAACCAUCGUGCGACCGCAGGAACUCUCCGUCGGACAGAGACAGCGGCUUACGAUUGCGAGGGCGUUGGUGCGGGAUACGGAGAUCGUGCUGUUCGACGAGCCGACGGCGUCGUUGGAUGUGGAGUCUGCGAGCGCUAUUGUUGCUGCUAUUCAGACGGAGAAGCGGGAAAGGCGCAAGUCGAUUGUUAUGGUUGCACAUAGUCCGGAGUUGGUGAUGUGGGCGGAUGUUGCGUGUGUGGUUGUUGGGGGGAGGGUUGUGCAGAUGGGCUCUCCGGGGAUUUUGAUAAAGGAUCGAGAGGGUGUUUUUACGAGGUUGAUGGGGACGACAUAG